CUGGCCAUAGCGCUGAAAAACUUGUUGUUGUCGGGGAAAAUGGCGUCCAACGUAGAGGCCCCGGAGCGCUGGUACCUCGCCCUUCUCGGCUUUGCGGAGCAUUUCCGAACCUCAAGUCCGCCCAAAAUCCGGCUCUGUGUGCACUGUCUACAGGCAGUGUUUCAGUUUAAGCCUCCACAGAGGAUCGAGGCCCGGACACAUCUUCAGUUAGGCUCGGUUCUCUACCACCACACCAAGAACAGCGAGCUGGCCCGCAGCCACCUGGAGAAAGCGUGGUUUAUAUCGCAACAAGUCCCUCAGUUUGAAGAUGUCAAAUUUGAAGCUGCCAGCAUUUUGUCAGAACUCUUCUGCCAACAGAAUUUGGUGGACUCAGCAAAACCCCUUCUGCGCAAGGCCAUUCAGAUUUCACAACAAACACCAUACUGGCACUGCAGAUUAUUGUUCCAGUUGGCGCAACUUCAUACACUGGAGAAAGACUUGGUGUCAGCAUGUGACUUGCUAGGGGUUGGAGCCGAGUAUGCCCGAGUGGUUGGCUCAGAAUAUACCAGGGCACUGUUUCUCCUCAGUAAAGGAAUGUUGCUGCUAAUGGAGAGGAAGCUUGGGGAGGUGCAUCCUCUGCUCACACUGUGCGGAACUAUUGUAGAAAACUGGCAGGGAAACCCCAUCCAGAAGGAAUCCCUGAGGGUGUUCUUCCUGGUCCUACAAGUCACACACUACCUGGAUGCUGGACAGGUGAAGAGUGUGAAGCCGUGUCUGAAGCAGCUGCAGCAGUGCAUCCAGACCAUUUCAACACUCCACGAUGAUGAGAUUCUGCCCAGCAACCCGGCUGACCUCUUCCACUGGCUGCCCAAGGAGCACAUGUGUGUGCUCGUCUACUUGGUGACGGUCAUGCACUCCAUGCAAGCAGGCUAUCUGGAGAAAGCUCAGAAGUACACAGACAAGGCUCUUAUGCAACUAGAGAAACUAAAAAUGUUGGACUGCAGCCCCAUCCUCUCUACCUUCCAAGUCAUUCUACUGGAGCACAUCAUCAUGUGUAGACUCGUCACGGGCCACAAGGCCACUGCGUUACAAGAGAUCUCGCAGGUGUGUCAGCUGUGCCAACAGUCCCCCAGGUUAUUCACCAACCACGCUGCUCAGCUUCACACGCUAUUAGGUCUGUACUGUAUCUCAGUGAACUGUAUGGAUAAUGCAGAGGCACAGUUUACCACAGCCUUGCGGCUCACCACACAUCAGGAACUGUGGACAUACAUAGUGACCAACUUGGCCAGUGUCUACAUAAGGGAAGGAAACCGACACCAGGAGCUGUAUAGCCUCCUAGAGAGAAUAAACCCCGACCAUAACUUCCCAGUAAGCUCCCAUUGCCUCCGGGCUGCAGCCUUCUACAUCAGGGGACUCCUGUCCUUCUUUCAAGGACGCUACAACGAGGCCAAACGCUUCCUAAGAGAAACCUUGAAGAUGUCUAAUGCUGAGGAUCUGAACCGACUGACUGCCUGCUCCCUGGUUCUACUGGGCCACAUCUUCUACGUACUGGGCAACCACAGAGAAAGCAACAACAUGGUUGUACCUGCCAUGCAGCUGGCCAGCAAGAUCCCGGACAUGUCUGUUCAGCUCUGGUCUUCAGCGCUGUUGAAAGACUUGAACAAGGCCCUGGGGAACACCAUGGAUGCCCAUGAAGCAGCCCAGAUGCACCAGAACUUCUCCCAGCAGCUGCUGCAGGACCACAUCGCUGCCUGCAGCCUCCCUGAGCAUAACCUCAUCAGUUGGACUGAUGGCCCUCCUCCUGUCCAGAUCCAAGCCCAGAACGGCCCAACCACCAGCCUUGCAAGCCUGCUAUGAGAAGCCGUCAGUCUGGCCUAUCGCGGUAGCUGGUACAUUAUAA